CCAGCUACAGGUCUCCGGGGAGUAUCAAACUACCACGUCUGCAGCGGGGAGAGAAGGGAAGAGGAGAGGGGAUCAAAAUAAGCCGACUGGAAGAUAGGGAAGAGAGGACAGCAAGGAGUUAAGACUGCUUCAUGAUAACAAAGUCGGCUGCAACAUCUGGAGCAAAGCGCAAGCUGAAUUUGGACAUAAAAUACGCACAGCCUGCAGCUCCAGAGCCCCCCCUUCAGAUUUCCUGCUUCCAGUAAAGCAGGAAUAAAAUUCACCAAAACGCGAGAAGAAUGCACAGACUGGACAAAUACCUCUCGUGGUUUAAGUAACUCAAGUAAGUAAGUAAGUUGCAGAGACGCACAGCUGCAUAUCUUCUGGAAACUCUUUUUGUGCUUUGCGCCAAGUCGAUCUCGAUCCCGGAAAUUCGUUUAUGGGAUACGUUUUUUCACAGAUAAUGUUUUGACAACUAGCAAAGUGAAGAUCGCGCGAAUCUGUCCGUUUUUUUAUUGUUUUUUGGAGAGUCAAGUGAUGGCGACACAGCUCAAAUCGCUUGUCCGACUGCUGCUGCUGGCGGUGGUGUGGGAGCUGAGCGCACAGGGAGCGACGGAGCGACAAAUCAAUCCAGAGUCAUGGCUGCAGCAGUACGGUUACCUGCCCCCAGGGGACAUGAGGACCCACUCCCUCCGCUCCCCUCACUCCGUCUCCUCAGCCAUCGCCGCCAUGCAGAGGUUCUACGGCCUCACUGUCUCCGGCACCUUUGACGCCAACACCAUUGAGGCCAUGAAGCGACCACGCUGUGGUGUGCCAGAUAAGUUUGGUGCCGAGCUGAAGAGCAACCUGAGGAGGAAGCGCUAUGCCAUCCAGGGCCUAAAGUGGAACAAGAAUGACAUCACUUUCUCUAUACAGAACUACACCCCUAAGGUGGGUGAGUACGAGACCCACGAGGCCAUCAGGAAGGCCUUCAAGGUGUGGGAGAGCGUCACCCCGCUUCGUUUCCGGGAAAUCCCCUACAGUUACAUACGGGACAAGGUGGAGGAGUUUGCCGACAUUAUGAUCUUCUUCGCCGAGGGUUUCCAUGGUGACAGCAGCCCGUUCGAUGGCGAGGGGGGUUUCUUGGCACAUGCCUAUUUCCCCGGGAAUGGCAUCGGUGGGGACACCCACUUUGAUGCAGCUGAGCCAUGGACUAUCGGAAACAGGGAUCUGUUAGGUAAUGAUAUAUUCCUGGUUGCGGUGCAUGAAUUGGGCCAUGCUCUGGGUCUGGAGCACUCCAAUGACCCUUCAGCCAUCAUGGCUCCCUUCUACCAGUGGAUGGACACCGAGAACUUCCAACUUCCUGACGACGAUCGCAGAGGCGUACAGCAACUUUAUGGGUCUGGAUCAGGCCCACAGCCCCCUCCUGUAACACCCCGUACACCGUACCACAACCCCCAGCCCACAUAUUCACCAGACAAGCCUCGCUUUGGCCCCAACAUCUGUGAUGGCCACUUCGACACCAUCGCCAUCCUCAGAGGAGAAAUGUUUGUGUUCAAGGAUAAAUGGUUCUGGAGGGUACGUAACAACCAUGUUCUGGAUGGAUAUCCCAUGCCGAUUGGACACUUUUGGAGGGGAUUGCCCACUCAUGUCAAUGCCGCUUUUGAAAGGGAAGAUGGGAAAUUUGCUUUCUUUAAAGGGGACAGGUAUUGGGUGUUCACUGAAUCAAUUCUGGAUUCUGGUUACCCUAAGAGUCUAAAAGAAAUGGGCACUGGGAUUCCGAAAGAUCGAAUAGACGCUGCUCUCUACUACACCCCCACUGGACAGACAUUUUUCUUCAGAGCAAACAAGUAUUACCGUUUCAACGAAGAAUCACAAACCGUUGACGAUGGCUAUCCAAAAUCUGUUAGUGUGUGGCAGGGAGUGCCUGACAACAUCAAGGCGGCCUUCAUGAGCAAAGAUCAAGCGUACACCUACUUCUACAAAGCCAACAAGUACUGGAAGUUCAACAAUCAGGUGAUGCGUGUGGAGCCGGGAUAUCCCAAAUCAGCCCUUCGGGACUGGAUGGGCUGCCCCAAUGAAGACCCCAAGACUGACGGAGGAAGAGGAGGAGGCGGACACGACAGGGACAAGGAGAGGGAGAAGGAGAAGGACAAGGAGCGGGAGGAUAAGGACAGAACUAGAGAUAGAGAAAGGAACAGAGAAAGGGAGAAGGAGACGGAGAAAGAGAAAGAGAAAGAGGAGGACACUGAGGUCAUUAUUAUUGAAGUGGAUGAGGAGGAAAGGGUAGGUGGUGGCAGUGGAGCAGCGGCGGUGGUGGUGCCAUUGUUCUUGUUAGUGUGUGUGAUUGCGACGCUGGCAGCCUUGGUGUUUUUCCGUCGCUACGGUACCCCACGCCGCCUCCUCUACUGCCAACGAUCUUUACUGGACAAGGUGUAGACGGGGGAAGAGGGGAGGGAGAGAGGAGAGAAAGACAGGGAGAGAACGAGAAAAAAACGUGGAAGGAAAUGUUGAACACGGAUUAAAUAAGAGCAGGAGAGAAAGAGAUAAAACUGGAGAAAGAGCAGAAGGAAAAGCACCAGACUUGCAUUUUAAAAUAUUCUUACCACUGCCAGAUUCCUUUUGCUCUAUCUCUCAACCACUUCAUCCUUCCAUUUUUUCUCUCUCCCUUCUGUCUCCGCCUCACUCCUCGUGGUUACUGACGCCAGCUCAUUGCUGUUUGUUUUAGCCUUUUUCAAUGUCUUAUUUUUAGUUUUUGUCAGUGGUCAGUGUUUGUGUCCUUGUGAAUUUCCGCUUCAAACCUGCAUCUUCAUGACGCCCAUUCUAGCAUGUUCCUUCGAGUAAGCAAAGAGCGUGUUUGAUCGCACACACUCGCAUUAACACACACAUUUGGAAACCACAGUGGCAUAGUCAUUGUGUUUCUUUAUCUUCCAGUAAAGUAACAUGUCAGAGCCAGUAUGGACCAUAAACGUGAAACAAAACAAUAGCUUAAGUCCUCAUGAAGCACGAGAUACACUCAUCAGCAUUCCUGCCAACAUUUCGGUUUCAAAAUACGGGAGUUUUUUUGUGUGUGUGUGGGGGGGCGCAGCUGCGCACACGACUCAAUGUGUUUCAUAGACGAUCUGGCAACUUGGGUGACAUCAGACAAACAUCCUUUGAUCUGUGUAUUCAUAAAAAAGUUUGAGGGCCAUGCAAAUUACGGGAGUUUCCCGGGAGAAACAACAAAACAGGAGGGCGCCGGGAGAUGGCCUUGAAAUACGGGAGAAACCCGGGAAAACAGGAGUGUUGGCAGUUAUGUUCAUCAGAGUAAAGCAAUAAAUACAACUGUGUCUUUUCCUUUUUUAUAUCAAUGUCUUUAGUGCUGAUUAUUAUUAUAAAUGAUGUUGUCAUUAUUAUUAUGACUAUUACUAUUAUUGUUGUUGUCCUCUGUGUAAAGAAUGUGUUUUUGUACAUUGUCAUUAAAAAGUCCUGCUGGACAGUGACAUACAGUUUUGAAAGUGGCCUUAAUUUUAUAUAUGUGGGGACAGUGAAUGGGGAAGGGGGUUAUGUAUUCUUGAAACUUGAUUGUUUUUUUUUUUUUACCAUCUCAAAUGAAAAUAAAUUGAAGAUCUGAAAAUGACUCCUUUUUGUCAUUGUACUUGUUUACAGUUUUCAAAUCAUGGUGCUACAUUAGUCAGGGGUUAUAAGCAGUUUAACAACAAUGAUAAUGAUACUAGUGAUAAUGAUAAUAAUGAUAAUGCUCUAGUUUUCUCAAUGAGAUUGUGUGUGUGUUCUUACUCACUUAUAUUUUUAAGCUUUUCUUACAAAAUAAAGUAAUUUCAAAAGGC